CAUACAUUACCGCCUCCUCCUUGGUUUGGCUUGGCCACGGCGAAAUAAGCCAUAAAGAGAUUCCAACAUUUAUUUAUGUGCAGAACACUUUAAAACCAAGUGCGAAACAAAUAACCACGACGGAUUUGGGGGACGUCCGAUAAGCACUAGGCCAAUGCAAUACAUAAGGCGCGCUGCCACAUCGAUAGCCUCUUAACUUUGGACAGAGGUGCACGUGCAAUAAACCCAUUCCCAAAAGGAAUAAGUCAUACCAGACACCGUUUUUUUAUUGUUUUUGUGAAAAAUCAAAAUAAAAGAAAAAGUUCAAAAGGUGGUCUCCUCAUGGACGUCCCAUCAUCCUCAUUACCAUCGAAGAAGUUACGUUCAUUUAAGGCAACCGGUUAACUAUGGUUGCGGUGUUUAUUUCUCUCGAUUUCCUUCUUUGGCCAACGAUGCCGCAACCGUGUGGUGGCAGUGAUUAACCCACCGCCGACGAACACGUAUUGUUUCAUAAUCGAAAUUAAAUUGAAUUGAAAUGUGUUGAAAAUUGAAAAAACAAAAAUUUAAAAAAAAAAUGAUGCAAACAAUCAAAAUUGAUAAUCGGUUGUCAUUCGAAUGUGAAAAAGAGCGUCGAAUUUCGAAAGUGAAAUUUUAACGAAGCUGAAAUGAAAUUUUAUUUGAAAACAAAGUGUAUAAAUAGUGAAUGUUCUGAACAGAAACCUACUGCCGAAAGAUAACAAGCACCACAGUAUUGCAGCAUCCAAAAAAAAUGCUUCAAUGCCGGCUGGACCCAUUGGCACACAUUCUGUGUCCAUUUGUCUUCGCCAUUGUCUGCAGCUGCAGUUUGAGUGCAGCAUUUGUGCCACUGCGACAAAGUCGAGAGAUCAUCAUAACAGAUGCGGUGAGGCGUAUACGUCAUGACGGAUUUCCCGUGGAAUAUCACAAGGUACAGACCAAGGAUGGUUAUAUUUUGACACUGCAUCGCAUACCCAUUUUGCAACAGUUCCCAUAUGGCAGUCAACGUGUAAUAAGGCGACCAGUGGUUUUUAUGCUGGCCGGAAUCUAUGCCUCGUCAGAUGCUUGGCUGCUCAAUGGUCGGGAGAAUUCUUUGCCCUAUCUACUCUCUCGUCAUGGUUUCGAUGUGUGGCUGGGGAACAAUCGGGGCAAUGUGUAUUCGAGGCAGAAUAUCUUCCACAAUGCCAGUGAUCCCGAGUUUUGGAACUUUUCUUGGCAUGAGAUGAGCAUCUAUGACAUGACCGCCAUGGUGGACUUCAUUCGUGCAUAUACAGGCGAGAGAAGGAUGCAUUUUAUUGCCAUAUCUCAAGGAGGUACCGUCUUCUUAGUUCUGAAUUCCAUGUUGCCUCAAUACAAUCAAGUCUUCAAGACCGCUACCCUAUUGGCCCCAGUGGCCUAUGUCAGCAAUACCAAGGGCAGUUUGGCAAAGAUUUUUGGACCCUUGUUGGGAACAAGAAAUUACGUUUCCAAGGUACUGGAAGGCGUCGAGAUGGUGUCCACAAAUAAGUAUGUAAAGAAACUACUAUCCAUGGCGUGUUUGGAGAACGAAAGGCCACUGGUAUGUGUUAGUCGUCUGUGGCCUGCAGCAGGUUAUGAUACCCAACUUUUAAAUAAGACUCUACUGCCUGAUAUCAUGGCAAAUUUUCCCGUUGGAGGUUCUUUCAAACAAAUGAUGCAUUAUUUUCAAGGUUACAUGUCAAAGAAGUUUCGCCAAUAUGACUAUGGGCCAGAGCAAAAUUAUCUGCGUUACCAUCAGAUUGAGCCUCCUGAAUAUUGCUUGGAAAAUGUCAGAGUUCCCACUACUAUUUAUUAUGCCGAGAAUGAUUACAUCGUCUCGGUUGAAGAUAUUUGGAGGUUAGUUCGUCGCUUACGAAGUGUUCAGGCGGUGUAUAAGUUACCUUAUAAACGUUGGAACCAUUUUGAUUUUAUCUGUGGUCUGGGAGUGCGACAAAUCAUUUUUGAAAAUGUUGUCAAAAGUCUACUACACUACGAAUAUGGCUAAAGUUCUACAAAACUUAAUAUAGCAUUGAUUAUGUUUUGUAGAAAGCGAUAAUGCCAAAUAUUUUCAUUUCGUAUGAAUUUGUAUAACUUGUGAUAGCUUAAUAUUAGAUAUACGAUUAAGUUCA